AUGAGUGAGAGGCGUGGGCAGAGGCGCGUUGCGCGCCGCCCACGUGCCCGGCCUGAACCCCCGGCGCCGGACGGCGGUGAGGCGUACCGGCAGUGGGUGUGCGCGACGCUGGUGCCGGCGUUCGUGGGCGGGCGGCGCGUGCGGCCGUGCCGGGCCGUGUGCCAGCGCGUCGAGCAGCGCUGCCCCUUCUUCCUGCCGGGGGACCGCGCGCCCAACCUGCCCACGCAGUACGCCGGCGAGCCCACCUUCCUGUGCCUCGAUACCAACAUCCCGGAGACGGGGGAGCAGCGCGAGCGGUCGCUGUUCGCGGACGAGCCGGCGGGCGAGUGCUGCUUCCGGCCGUGCGAGGGCGGCGGCGGCGGCGGCGGCGGCGUCUGCCUGAGCGCCGGCUGCGAGGGCGGGUCCCCGCGGCCGGCGCCCGCCGCCCACCUGGCAACAAGUGCUGACACUGUUUUCAACCCACCGUUCUGUUCAUGA